CCUCGAAGCAAGGCUUACUUUGGAAGGCGACGGAAAGCGAGAAACCCCAUAAGGAAACCCUUGUCAAGGCUCGAUCGCUAACGCCUUCCGAUCCCAUCACCGUCCUCAAAUUUCCGAUUCCUAUAAUUGAUUUGAACGACGGGGUUGGAGUGCGAGAAUAAUUAGGAAUUCGAUCGGUCGCUUGAGGGCCAUCGGAGGUUGAUGAUCCAUGGAGCGCUUCUGAUCAUUGCGGAAACCCUAGGUCGUAGAUGCUCGGCGCCGCCCUCCCCGCGCUGGAUCUCUCGGCCGUGCUGCAAUUCGCGUUCGCCCUGCUGCUGACCCUCUCUGGGGCGCUCCUCGUGGUGAAGCGGGCCGCAUCCAGGUACUUCGUGGUCGACGCCAGCUUCGAGGCCGGCUCCUCCGGGUACGAGCCGCGGCGUUCGAUGUCGAUCGGCAACGGCGAUGCGGGCGGGGAAGGCGCGGCUCCCGCCGGCGGCGCCUGCGCUACUUGUGGGAAACCGGGGAGCAAGAAGUGCUCGGGAUGCAAGAGGGUUCGGUAUUGUUCACAAGCAUGCCAGUCAAAGCAUUGGAGAGCAGAUCAUAAGUUUGAAUGCAAACAAUUGAAGUCAUCAGAGCCAGAUAAGGUAGACAAUGUUUCACCAGGUAACAGUUCUUGCAGAAGAAGAAAAUCAUCUGGGUUUGGUUCUAUUUCUUUGGUCCCUGCCCGUGGAACCUGUAAUAUCCUACAAGAACCGAAGAAGAUUCUUUUCCCGUACAAUGAAUUUGUGAAGCUUUUCAACUGGGAUAACCCUGGAUUUCCACCUUGUGGGCUUGUGAAUUGUGGGAACAGUUGCUUUGCUAAUGUGGUUUUACAAUGUCUGGCAUGUACACGGCCGCUUGUUGCCUAUUUAUUAGAGAGAGGCCACAUUAGAGAAUGUGUCAGAAAGCAGAAUGAUUGGUGCUUUCUAUGUGAGCUUCAAUUACACAUUAAGAGAGCUAGUGAAAGUCGGCAUCCUUUUUCACCUAUCAAUAUCCUUUCUCGGUUGCCUAACAUUGGUGGAAACCUUGGCUAUGGAAGACAGGAGGAUGCUCAUGAAUUUAUGAGGUUUGCAAUUGACACAAUGCAAUCUGUUUGCCUUGAUGAGUUUGGAGGUGAAAAGGCACUUGAUCCCAGCACCCAAGACACAACCCUUAUUCAGCAUAUUUUUGGUGGUCAUCUUCAGUCUCAGGUUACUUGUACACAAUGCAAUACUAUUUCAAAUCGCUAUGAGAAUAUGAUGGAUUUGACUGUUGAAAUUCUUGGUGAUGCUGAAUCUUUGGAGGAGUGCUUAGAUCAAUUUACGAUGAAGGAGUGGCUUGAUGGGGAUAACAAGUAUAAGUGUGAUGGAUGCAACGAUUAUGUUAAAGCAUGUAAACGCCUUACAGUUCAUCAAGCUCCAAAUAUCCUUACAAUUGCUCUGAAGAGAUUCCAGAGUGGUAGAUUUGGUAAACUGAAUAAGAGAGUUACUUUUCCUGAGAACUUGAAUCUUACUCCCUAUAUGAGUGGCAGUAGUGAUGGAACUGACCUAUAUACACUCUAUGCUGUUGUUGUUCAUGUGGACAUGCUAAAUGCUUCAUUCUUUGGCCACUAUAUUUGUUACACUAAAGAUUACCAAGGAAGAUGGUACAAGAUUGAUGACUGCAAGGUGACAAACGUUGAAGUGGAGGAUGUACUUUCUGAAGGCGCUUAUAUGCUCUUAUACAGCAGGACAAGUGCACGCAAGGAGCCUUUUGUUAAGCAUGUGCAAUCUCAGAAUACAAAGCAAUUAGUUGAGUCAGCUCCCAAGUUAUCAAGCCCCAUCGGUGUUUCCUGCCUGGGGUCUGACAUAGAUAACCAAUCAAGUCCUCCUGAACUUUCCAUGUUUAGAGAUACAAGGAACAAGAGAAAAUUAACAGAUGAUGUCGAUCCUGCAAAGGUCACAGAAGUGGAUGUUAUGGUCUUGAAUACACCUUUAGUCGAAAAACCAGCAAGUGUCCAUAAAAGUUUAGGAGAUCUAGAUUUCUGUAAUUCAUCAUCAAGUUCAGCAACUGCAAAGAGUCUUGAAAUAGAGAGUAUUGGUCUUUUCUCUCCUAUGCCUGACUACUCUAGUGGGGAGAGCAUGCAAUUAGAUAAUCAUCCAGAAAAUUCUGAAAAUAAAGUUGAUGUUGAAAAAUGUCAAAAACCAUGUGCCAGUUAUGAUGCAAGCCAUAUCGUAGAAGAUGGUGAGCCAACUAGAGAACCAUCCACUAUGCAGAUUAAUGAUGAUAUGAUUAUUGAGCCAUGUUCCACUACUCCCAUUACUACUGCGAGUGUAGUUUCAGAACCUUCAGAUUAUUCAUUUGCCGAAUCAGAUCGUCCAGUGGAAACAUACAGCCAAUUUGAUUCGUCUCUUGAAGUUAACCGUCUGGAUGGAGCCUCAGUUGAUAGUGAAGGAAGCAUGGCUUUGUUGUCAAGUCAGGAAAAUAGAUCAAGUGGAAAAUCUAAGGCAGUGUUUUCCCGUGGUUUCCUUGAUAAGCCUGCAAGAAAGAAGACUUUGGAUAGUACAGAAGAAAAGCAAAAUCAUAAACACCCAAUUGUUGAUGUCAACAAGCAGAAUGGUCACUCCAAUGGUCAUUGUAACAUUGGACUGGCAGAGUCCACUGAGACUGGUGAAAAUAUUAUUUCAGGUGAUAUGCCCUUUGUAACUCGUAGCUUCCUGCAGAAGUCUUAUGCUAAAUCUUCAGACAUGAAGAGAGAACCUAAGAAAUCUGAACAUCAAUGUAGAGUCAAUUGCAAUGGUUCUGCUGAAUAUGCUUGUAGUUCUGCAGAUGAGAGCAUAGAGUUCAGAUCAGCAGCUCCCUGCUGCAAUGGAGCUAGCUUCAUGCAAAUCGACAAUGACAAAUUCCCUGAUUCUGCAUCUGUUAGUCAAGAUAGGAACGAGGAACAACAGUUUGCAAGGACGGACGACCAGUGCCAUUGAUCUUUAGGAGCAACAGCAAUCUUGCACCAGGUGAGAAGCUACAGCCACCCUCAGCUUGCCUAGUUGAGCAUAACAGGCUAUAUAAUGAAGAAAAUGGUAGUGAUAAUGUUCAGUGAUUUGAUUCUGCAUUUGGGGAGGUUGAUUGACCAAAGAUCUAGGAGAAUUUGUUCUAACCAAGAAGCAGACACUACUGGAUUUGCCUAACCAAGACAACAUCAGUCCCAUCUCCCUUGGACUAGAUUUGCAUGGCCUCACACUUCCACUGAGGAAAGAAGUGGACGUGGGCCUCUGGGUUUCCUUUCAAUUUCUUGGAACCUCAGUUGCCACUAUGAUGCCAUGACAGUGUCGUUACAUCCUACUGUACAUCUUGAUUUAUUCAUCUGUUGUCUAAGGGGAAUAAAACUAUCCAUUACAUCAAUCCAAGCAUUUGUCUGCUGCUCUUAGCUGCCCAUAGUUUUAACAGCGAGUCCAUGUGUGAACAAUUGAUAUGAUCUUUGUGGAAUUUUGUUUAUGAUUAAAAGUAUUACACAGUAUGAUAUAUAUCUCUCUU